AUUAUAGACCACCUAAAGAAGCUUCAGCCAACAGCCAAGAAUGUUGAAUGAGAAUAAUUUUUUUUCUUCUUAACCGUGUCUGACCUUUUGUUUAUUCAAGAUCAGCACGUAGAAUAUAGACACAACAGCCAAACUACACUUUUCCCCUCCUAUAUAUUUCAUUUUUUCUGGCUUUGCGGAGUACUUACGCAGCAUCUAUUUUUCUUUUUCCCUCCCUCAAUUCCACUUUACUUGGAAAGCUUUUAUUUUAUUCAAAGAAAGCAAUUCAUCAUAAAAAAAUAAAAAAAAGCACCAUGGCAGAAUUGACAGAAGAACAAGUUGCUGAAUUCCGUGAAGCUUUUUCUCUGAUCGACAAGGAUUCUGAUGGUAUUAUAACUAUAGAAGAGCUAGCGUCGGUGAUGAAAUCACUGCAUGAACGUCCGACCAAGGAGGAAGUCCGGGAAAUGAUAUGUGAAGUUGAUGUCAAUGGAAAUGGGAGGAUUGACUUUGAAGAUUUCUUGGCAAUAAUGGCCAAGAAAAUGAAGGUAUUCCUAAAUCCUAAUAAAUUAAAUUCCUUCUUAACCACGCAAAACGGGAAUAUAUAUAUAUAUAUAUAUAUAUAUAUUGGAAAAAUGAAUUAAGGUUCAUGAAUUUUCAACUUAAAAAUUUUCUCUAUUCAACGAAUCAUAGCUAGCUAGCUGGAGCUCACUGUAGAAAAUAAAUUAUUCUAAUCCCUUAUAAUUUAUAUAUUCAAAUUUGUGUAUGUGUUUUUUCUUGGCAUUUUUAAGAAAGUAAACUCCUUUAUGAAUUGACUUGAAUUGGUGAUAGCGAUGGACUAACUACUUCCGGGAAAAAAAAAGUUGCAUAAUGUAAAUUUGAUUCAAGAAGGGCAUUGAUUUCUUAUUAUAUGUAUUAAAUUCACAGGAGAACGUGACCGAAGAGUUGAAAGAAGCUUUUAAAGUCUUUGACCGAGAUCAAGAUGGCUUCAUUUCACCAAUUGAGGUACUUAAAUGUUUUCCUUCCGUACUAAAAUAAAAGUAUUACUCCCUCUGUCUCAAAAUUAUUGUCCAGUUUGAGAUUUCACGUUUAGUAUAAUUUGAACUGGAAAUGAAAACUCAAACUGGACAAUAAUUAUGGAACGGAAGGAGUAUUAUAUUUCUCAAACAUUACCUUUGACUAACCAAAAUACAUACCGAACAAAUUGUGUAGUUACGGAAUGUGAUGAUAAACUUGGGGGAAAGACUAACAGAUGAAGAAGCUGAACAAAUGAUCAGAGAAGCUGAUUUGGAUGGAGACGGUGUUGUGAGUUACGACGAAUUUGUAAGGAUGAUGUUGGCUUCAUCCAAUGCUUUCUUUUAAUAACUAAUUAAUGACAACCAUCAUGUUUAUUAAAUGUGUAACUAUCAUUAUGGCCAGCCAUAUUUUAAUUUUUGCGUUACGCGGUUCAUGAUGUGAGGCGUUUGAAAAACUGGAUAGUCUAUAAUUGUAUAAACAAAAUAAAGUUCCCCGGGUUGAAUUUUAUAUUAGCUAAUCACAAAAAAUGACAUUGACAUUUCAUCCACUUUGCAAUAGAGUCAAACUUCUUCAUUUAUCUUCAUUACUAAACAAUAUUGCAGAGUGAAUAGAGUCAAACUGUAUAUAUAUAUAUAUAUAUAUAG